AACUGACCAUUUCCAAGCGCUACCAUUUUAAGCUUCCUAUCAAAGAUACAUCUUCCGUUUUCUUCCCGGGUUUUCAACUUUAACAAUCCAAAAACCAUUUCCUUCUUCCCGGUCUGUUUCCGGUCCAUCCGUUAAUCCGAAUCCACUUCCGUCUGGAUCUCAAUCAAAUCUGCUUCUACACUUCCCCUCCAAUUCACCCGUCAGUAAACGCCGGCGUUUUAUAUCUCCGGUCGUCGAUCUAAAAUUUAGAAACUAGAGAUCCUUCUUCAUAUCAUUUACAGUGGAAACUGAGUCGUUGAAGCGAAAUCCAUCGCUUUAACCUCACCUUCCGCUUAAUUCACCGCGCGGAGGAAUCUUAGUUUUCCUUUAAUUUCUUUCAUUAUUUUUUCUCAAAUUCUAUUUUUUUGUUUGUUUUUCUUUCGACCAGACAAAUUUUUUUCUAUAAAUUCAAUAGUUCUAGCUUCGGCUUUUCCCUUUGCUUUGAAAUGACGUCUGGAACGAGGCUACCGACAUGGAAAGAAAGAGAGAAUAACAAGCGGAGAGAGCGGCGGAGGAGAGCAAUAGCAGCGAAGAUCUUCGCCGGACUUCGGAUGUACGGUAACUAUAAGCUUCCGAAGCACUGCGAUAACAAUGAAGUUCUCAAAGCUCUCUGUAACGAGGCCGGUUGGACUGUCGAACCCGAUGGCACUACUUAUCGUAAGGGUUGCAAGCCUGUGGAGCGCAUCGAUAUAGUUGGUGGAUCUGCAACUGUGAGCCCCUGUUCGUCUUACCAACCAAGCCCUUUUGCUUCUUACAACCCAAGCCCUGCAUCAUCAUCCUUUCCAAGCCCAGCUUCUUCUUCUUAUGUGGUUAAUCCCAAUGGUGAUGUGAACUCUCUUUUCCCCUGGCUCAAAAACCUCUCAUCAGCCUCCUCUUCGAAGCGCCCCUAUAGCUACAUUCACGGUGGUUCUAUUAGUGCUCCUGUCACCCCUCCAUUGAGCUCACCAACCGCUCGAACCCCACGAAUAAAAAAUGAUUGGGAGUACCAGUCCACCCAUCCAAGUUGGAGUGCACAACAGCAAUCUUUCCUACCUUCAACUCCCCCUAGCACUGGUCGGCAUAUUGUUCCCGACCCAGAAUGGUUUGCUAGGCUCCGAACCCCUCAUAGCCGGCCAACGUCUCCCACAUUCAGUCUUGUCUCCUCAAACCCCUUCGGCUUCAAGGAGGAAGUUUUAGCCGGUGGGGGAUCCUGCAUGUGGACUCCCGGACAAAGUGGGACAUGUUCUCCGGCAAUUGCUGGAGGAUUAGAUCAUACAGCUGAUGGUCCAAUGUCUGAAGCAAUUUCAGAUGAGUUUGCAUUUGGAAGUAAUGCAACUGGGAUAGUGAAGCCAUGGGAAGGGGAGAGAAUACAUGAAGAAUGUGGAUCAGAUGAUCUAGAACUCACUCUUGGCAGUUCGAAAGCUUAUCGAAUAUAUUAGCUAAAAUCGACUACUACUUUACCAAGUCGCAUUGUCAUGCAGAUAAAGCAAUCCGUGUGAAAAAAAAACCACUGUCUUAGCAUGAACUUUGACCCAUGUUUGUUCAGUCCGGAAAAAAAGGGAUGGAGGUGCGCCUGAGCCAUCACUCGCCCUUGUUUUAGCUUUCAUUAAUUUUUGAAAAUUUAACUCUGAAUUAUAUAUAUAGUUUGUUCUCAAGGCACCGAGGUAGUUUCAUAGCCUCGUAAUCAGCCGCCGCCCUUUCCUACUUAGUUUCAUAAUUUUUCUUUAAAGAAAGAACAGUGAUUUGAUUGUUUUAUUGGUCUUCAGUUAGGUUGUCAUUAGAAGAAAUGCCCAGUUCUUUUGUGAGAAUUAUGAUAGGUUAAAAUUUUAUUAUUUUCUAUUGUGCAUUACAAACUUUGACAGUAUCAUUUUGUUAUGCUUCAUU